UCAAUACAAAGAAAAAGCGCAAUUAAUUACGCAUUUGGGUUGCUGUAGGAUAAGGUAAGACCUUUUACAUCCUAUCGAGUUCCUGGUUAGCUAGUUCCUGAGCUCACAAUCGGCUCCAGCCAUGGCCUCAACGGAGCAGCAAGAACACGCAGCAGCUCUGCUACAACCCGAGGUAGAAGAAGCAUACACCACGGAUGGGUCUCUUGGCAUCGACGGCAAGCCGGCGCUGAAGCAUCUCACUGGUGGAUGGAGGGCAUGCCGCCCGAUUCUUGGCACUGAGUUCUGCUACUGCCUGGCCUACUACGGCAUCACGUUCAACCUCGUCACCUACCUCACCACCGAGCUGCGCCAGAGCAACGUCGCCGCCGCCAAUAACGUGUCCACGUGGCAGGCCACCUGCUUCCUCACGCCGCUGGUCGGAGCCGUCGUGGCGGACUCCUACUGGGGAAGGUACCGUACAAUGGUGGUCAGCUGCUGCAUCGGCGUCGCUGGCAUGCUCAUGGCGGCUCUAUCAGCGCUCCUGCCGCUGCUGAUCAACGACACAUCGUCCAGGGCUUCAGCGCAAGAAAUCAUCUUGUUCCUUGGCCUGUACAUGAUCUCUUUCGGGGUGGGUGGGCUCCGGCCGUGCCUGAUGUCCUUCGGCGCCGACCAGUUCGACGACGGCGACCCGCCGGAGCGCAUGAGCAAGAGCUCCUUCUUCAACUGGUACAUAUUCACCAUGAACUGCGCGUCCGUGAUAUCCACCACCGGCAUGGUGUGGGUGCAAGACCACUACGGGUGGGCGCUGGGCUUGGGGAUUCCGGCGAUGGUCCUCGCCGUCGGCCUCUUCUGCCUUGUCGCCGCCUCGCGGGCGUACAGGUUUCAGACAACCCACGGUAGCCCGCUCACCAGAGUCUGCCAAGUUGUCGUCGCCGCCGUCUGCAAGUUCAACGUCAAGCCGCCGGCCGACGUGACCCUUCUCUACGAGCUACCGGAGGACGCCUGCUCCAAGAUGGGAGUUCAGAGGAUCGAGCACACCGCCGAUCUCCGAUUCUUCGACAAGGCCGCCGUCGUGACGGCUUCGGAUGAGGAGGCGGCGGGUGCUGCGCCGCGCAAUCCAUGGAGGCUUUGCAUCGUGACGCAGGUGGAGGAGCUCAAGAUUCUCGUCAGGAUGCUGCCCCUGUGGGCGUGCGUUGCCUUCUACUACACCGCGACGGGGCAGGCCAAUUCGACGUUCGUCGAGCAGGGCAUGGCGAUGGACACUCGCGUCGGCCCCUUCCACAUCCCGCCGGCCUCCCUGGCCACCUUCCAAAUUAUCACCACGAUCGUGCUGAUCCCUCUGUACGACCGCGCGUUCGUGCCGGCGGCGAGGAGGCUCACCGGGAGGGAGAAGGGCAUCUCCGACCUGCUGAGGAUCGGCGGCGGCCUCGCCAUGGCCGUGCUCGCCAUGGCCGCGGCGGCGCUGGUCGAGACCAUGCGCAUCCACGCGGCGCACGCCGGGAUGGAGCCGGCAAGCAUGCUGUGGCAGGCGCCGCAAUACGUGCUGGUGGGCGUCGGCGAGCUGCUCGCCACCGUCGGGCAGCUGGACUUCUUCUACAGCCAGGCGCCGCCCGCCAUGAAGACGGUGUGCACGGCGUUCGCGUUCCUCUCCAUCGCGGCGGGGGAGUACCUGAGCUCGCUCGUCGUGGCGGCCGUGUCGUGGGUGACGGCGCGCGGCGGCCGGCCGGGGUGGAUCCCCGACGACCUCGACGAGGGGCAUCUUGAUCGCUUCUUCUGGAUGAUGGCCGGGCUCGGUUGCGUGACCCUUGCGGUGUUCGCGGGCUGCGCCAUGAGGUACAAAUCGAGGAAGGCCUGCUGAUACUUUUGGGCUUUCUUGGUAGGCUGAAAAUCUCGGCCCAUGCAUAUUAAUGGGCCGAAAUAACGAACCGAAGGCCCAGCCCAUUACAUACGUAGACUGUACAGUACUUAUGUUUUUCCUGAUUACGAAGGAAAAUUUCCAGCAUUAUAAUCAAGGAGCAGGUCUCAGCGAAAUUAUUUUGACCACUCAAGAGGAUGCCUCUCGUUUGUUUAAAAACCAAUCAAAUGGUUAUUAAAAAAUCUAAAAACUUGAAAAGAUUCAUACAGCAUUUGUACUACUCCACAAA